GUUUUGUUCAGUCUCUGUGUGCGGUUUGUGUGGUGCGUGAAAAAUUUUCCCGUUUUGUGUUGGUGGAUAGCGGAAACAUGAAAACUUGUUCAAUCUGAUUGUGAAUUAAUGGAAAUAGUAAAUAAAAGAGCAAUUAUAACUAUAUUUAAGUGAAAAGUCGAAUACUAUUCCUUUCACUAAAUCCAAUUUGAUAUGUACCAUGGAAUAGCUGUAUAAAUGUCAUUGACGUCGACAAAAUUCUUUAGUGCUAUCGGUUUUGUGUAAGCGAGGACGAUUCAGUGUUGUGGAUUUGAGUUUUACCAACAUACUGUCGAUAAUAAAAAGGUGAGACCAGUUAAUAAUACCGAACUGUUAACAAAUGAAAUAUUUUCAAUACUAGCAACAACAACAAUAGCAACAGCCACAACAACAUAUAAAGAAGUCAAUCCUUAGGGUCAAGGGAAAUACCGUAUAGCAAUGAGAAUAACGUCAAAGAAAAUCAAACAAAAUAUAAACAAAACAGCAAAGCAUAACACAUGACUGCAACACAAACGAAAUUGCCGACGCCGACGACGAGGACGAGAACGAGUGCGACGACAUAAAGGUCGCCGUAGUGUAACCGAACACGAUUACGAAGCCAAAGGCGGCAACACUCAACAAACACAGGCGAAAGAAGAGAAUAAAACGAACGAAAGUGGAAUCAACAAAUCCGCCGAACCCGCAGUACUACUACGAAGGUGCUUGUGAGCACUGCACAGAACGGUACGACGUUGCAGAGGGAUAAGCGACUCGUCACAAGCGCCAGUGCCACUUGAAACACCACAUCACCAAAACCUACACAACACUACACUACACAUAUUGAACUACAUAAAAUCGUGCGUGCUAAUCACUAACUAAUAUCAGUAGCGACGCCAAAUUAUAUUGGCAAGACAAACGUACUAAGUGCAACAGUGUUUCUCGAGCCAGUGUGUCACGUGCCACAGUCACAACUACUAGUUUACGACUUAAAUAAAUGGUAAUCAAAAGGACAACACGUCGUCACUGGUGCAGUGCAAAGCCAUAGUUGUGGUAGUAAUUAGUCGGAGCCAACAACUAACUAACUGUAUCCAAAGCUUUUCAAAUUUAAAGCCCUCCAUAUUUUUUCACUUUUAAAUCGUAAAUAUUUUAACAAAAACAAAAACAAAUCCAAAAAUAAAUAACUUGACUGAUAGUUUAUUAAAUUAAUUAAACAUCUCAAUUGAAUUUUGAAUUUAAAUGAACGUUCACAAAACAACAACAAAUCAGUAAACAAAAACAAAACAAACCACAAUGAAGUAGCGGCAUGCAACAAAUGAUCUCGAAAUCAAAACAGAAUUCCACGAUAAGGCAGGAAGUGCGCGAAUAUAUACAACUUAAUUUGAAGUAAAGUGAAAGAGAAGCGAAAAAAAACACAAAAACAAUAACUGAAACAACUCAAAGCGAAAUUGACAAACCAAAAACCAACAAUUAACAUUGCCAAAAACGAACAAGAAUUGCAGCAUUUUUUUAAAUACGAAAAAGUGAAAUAACAACACAAAAACAACAACUACAACGCAUCUGAUACCAUUUGUAUUGACAACGACGUUUAGUUAGUAAUAAACCCCCCCAAAAUACACAAAUAACGGACAAAUCAAAUUGCAACCGUGCGCCUCCUCACAGCAACACGGUGAAAGCAUUUAAAAUCGAAUAAUCAAAUUUAUUGCAACACAAAUUGUUUUUGUUUUUACUUCAACUUAGCAAAGUGACUUUUUCAGUGCAUACAGCCGUUUUGUUGUUGUUGUUCUAUAAAAUAGUGUGCCACAGCAGUGCGAACUGGCGGAUAAGCAAAUUUUAUUUAUAACACAUAGGAGCAGCGUGUAGCCGCCAGCCAGCUAGUGAGUGCGUGAGUGAGUGAGCCAAACGGGCCAGCCGGCUGAGCUUGUUGUUGUUGUUGUUGUUGGUGGUGGCAAGUAGCAAGCGGCGACGAGCGAGCGGUAAACGAAGCAGACGUGCAAAAUGGGCAAUAAAUGCUGCAGCAAACGACAGGAUCAGGAGCUGGCACUUGCCUACCCGAGUGGCUAUAAAAAAUCAGAUUACACAUUCGGUCAGACGCAUAUAAAUAAUAGCGGUCAGAAGCAUAACAAUGGCGGUUCGCUGGACUCCCGUUAUACGCCAGAUCCGAAUCGUGGGCCGCUGAAAAUUGGCGCCAAGGGCGGCGCAGACAUAAUACGCCCGCGUACAACACCAACUGGCGUUCAAGGUGGUCUGCCGAAGAGACGUGUCGUUGUCGCCCUUUACGACUACAAGUCGCGCGACGAGUCUGAUUUGAGCUUCAUGAAGGGCGACCGGAUGGAAGUAAUCGACGACACCGAAUCCGAUUGGUGGCGUGUAGUCAAUUUGAGCACACGUCAGGAGGGCUUGAUACCCCUAAACUUUGUCGCCGAGGAGCGUAGCGUGAACAGUGAAGAUUGGUUCUUUGAAAAUGUGCUACGCAAAGAGGCCGAUAAGCUUUUGUUGGCGGAGGAGAAUCCGCGCGGUACAUUCCUGGUGCGUCCGUCGGAACACAAUCCCAAUGGUUAUUCGUUGUCGGUGAAGGAUUGGGAAGAUGGCCGUGGCUACCAUGUGAAACAUUAUCGCAUCAAGCCGCUCGACAACGGUGGCUACUACAUUGCCACAAAUCAGACUUUCCCCUCGUUGCAGGCGCUGGUGAUGGCCUACAGUAAAAAUGCACUCGGCCUCUGCCACAUACUCUCGCGUCCGUGUCCGAAGCCGCAGCCACAAAUGUGGGACCUGGGACCGGAAUUGCGUGACAAGUACGAGAUACCGCGCUCCGAAAUUCAAUUGAUACGCAAGCUGGGACGCGGCAACUUCGGUGAGGUGUUCUACGGCAAGUGGCGCAACAAUAUUGACGUCGCCGUGAAAACGCUGCGCGAAGGCACCAUGUCGACGGCGGCGUUCCUGCAAGAGGCAGCCAUAAUGAAGAAGUUUCGACACAAUCGCCUGGUGGCAUUAUACGCCGUCUGCUCACAGGAGGAACCCAUCUACAUUGUGCAGGAGUACAUGUCCAAAGGCAGCUUAUUGGACUUUCUACGCGAAGGUGACGGCCGCUAUUUACACUUUGAAGAUCUUAUCUACAUCGCCACGCAGGUGGCAUCCGGCAUGGAAUAUCUCGAAUCAAAACAAUUGAUACAUCGUGAUCUGGCCGCACGCAAUGUGCUGAUCGGUGAGAAUAAUGUUGCCAAAAUUUGUGAUUUCGGUUUGGCGCGCGUCAUUGCCGACGACGAAUACUGCCCCAAACAGGGUUCACGCUUCCCUGUGAAAUGGACUGCACCCGAGGCGAUAAUCUAUGGCAAAUUUUCAAUCAAAUCCGAUGUCUGGUCUUAUGGUAUUCUACUGAUGGAGCUCUUCACCUACGGACAAGUGCCAUAUCCGGGCAUGCAUAGUCGAGAAGUCAUUGAGAAUAUCGAACGAGGCUUCCGCAUGCCGAAACCAACUAAUCACUAUUUCCCCGAUAAUAUUUAUCAUCUACUAUUGCAAUGUUGGGAUGCGGUGCCGGAGAAGCGGCCAACAUUCGAAUUCUUGAAUCACUACUUCGAAUCGUUCACUGUGACGUCGGAGGUGCCCUAUCGGGAGGUGCAGGAUUAAAUAGUGUAGCACUCCGAAUGCCGAGAGUGAUACAGCGUUAUUGCCAGUGCGAUAUACAUACAUACACAUACAUAUAUACAAACAUACAUAAAUUAACUAGAUUUAAUUGUAAGCCUUUUUAAUUGAAUUGAGAAGUGAGUCAUAAAAACAACAAAAACAAAAAAAAUCAAUAUUACAAAACUUUUGAGUAGCAAAAGUAGAAAUCUAUGCUGCAGCGUAAACGCAAAGCAGCAACAUCAAGGUGCAUACGUAAUCUGUUGGCGCUGCUGAAUAUGUAUGUUGGUCAGUGGGAUGUACCAAUUGGAAAAGAAUUUUUACAUUCGAAGAAGAAGAAAACUGCUACAUACUAAAAGCUAUUCUACAUUAUAUACAUAACACUUAGUACGAGUAUGAUAUAUGCGUACGUUUAUGAUAGUAUAUGAGAAGAAAAAGAGAAAAAAAAACAAAAACAAAAAAAAUAUUUUACACUUGAUAAGCGAAAUCUUUUAUAAUUUAUAUAGAGGUAUUUAUGUAAUUUUAAGCUUAUGGCAAAUGAAUUGUGCUAUAUAUAUGAAAAGCAUUUAACAAAUACAAAAACAACCACAACAAUAAAAUA